UUAAUUAUUAGAUAAUUUUGAUUAUCCGUUUCAGGUAUGGAACUAUGCGAGAUAACGUCAUCAACCUCCAAGUUGUUCUGGGAAAUGGAGAUGUUAUCAAGACAGGUUCUCGUGCCCGGAAGAGUGCUGCAGGAUAUGAUUUAACGCGGUUGACGAUUGGAAGUGAAGGAACAUUGGGUAUAAUAACAGAAGUGACUCUACGUCUUCAAAAACUACCUCAGCAUUCAGUGGUCGCCAUGUGCCAUUUUAAAACAAUUAAGGAUGCUGCAGAUGUUGCUAUUGCAACAAUGCUAUCUGGUAUCCAGGUGUCAAGAAUGGAACUCCUGGACGAGGUUCAAGUAAGGGCAAUCAAUAUAGCAAAUGAGAAACAUUUACCUGAAACUCCAACAUUGAUGUUUGAAUUUAUAGGCACAGAAGCAUAUGCACGGGAACAAGUGCUACUGAUUCAGAAAAUUGUCUCUGAACAUAAUGGCUCUAAUUUUGUUUUUGUGGAGGAUCCUGAUGCUAAAGAGGAGCUGUGGAAGAUACGAAAAGGAGCACUAUGGGCUUGUUUGGCAAUGGCACCUAAUUAUGAAGCAAUGAUAACAGAUGUUUGUGUUCCCUUGUCGCGUCUAGCAGAAUGCAUAUCAAAGUCUAAAGAAUUGCUUGAUGCUUCACCAAUGCUGUGUGCGGUAAUCUCUCAUGCUGGUGAUGGGAACUUCCACACAAUUAUUUUAUUUGAUCCAAAUAACGAAGAUCACCAGUGUGAAGCAGAGAGAUUAAACCAUUUAAUGGUUAAAAUUGCCUUAUCAAUGGAAGGAACAUGUACAGGAGAGCAUGGUGUUGGUACUGGGAAAAUGAAGUAUCUUGAGGAGGAGCUUGGUAUGGGGGCCUUGAGGACGAUGAAGAGAAUCAAAAGCGUGUUAGAUCCUAAUAACAUCAUGAAUCCAGGAAAGCUGAUUCCUCCUCAUGUCUGUUUAUGAGGAUAUUGGUCGUGCAAAUAUUGCAGAGCAAAGGAAGAAGAAUCUGAGGCAUGUUAACGUGUUACGUUGAGUUCAGUUGUAUUUAAUGAGACAGUGCUUAUAUAAGGUUCUCCAGUGGAUGAAUCAGUUUUAAGUUUUUUGAGUUGAGAUCUGAUGUGUGACUUAUGCUGCUAUCUAUGGGCUUGUUUCAUGAACUCUUUGUCUACAUUAUUGGCCCAUCUUAGCAUAUGUAAUAAUACAAAUGUCAACAUGAGAUAUGGUUCUGGUGCUUCAAAUGGGGCUUGAUAAUUAUUUUCCUAAAUGUCUAAUUCAUAUUUA